AUAAUGCACUAUAUUACCUGACACAUAAACAGUGUUCGUGGUUUCUGUGUGGCAUAUUGUGAGUCGAUUUUCUCCAUUAAAAACGCUUUAAAGAGUUUAGGAAACAGAGCCGUACGGAGGCCUCGGUGGUGGGAGCGCAGCAGCUGUUUCCAUAGAAACAAGCACAGCAGGAAGAGCUGCGGGGCUCCGCUAAGGUUAGCAGCGUUAGCCUCGAAACAUUAGAGACACUCGGAAUAAAGUUCAUUUAAACUUAAACUCGGCGAAACGGACACCUAUAACACCGCGCGGUCACCUGUACAGAAUCACGAUGUGCGUGCUGGGUUCUGGGUGCGUGUGUCCAGCUUGGCUUUCUUUACAUUCAGAGCUGGACAACCAUGUUCCCUAAACGUGGACCGGGCCUAAGUGUGGACUGAACUGCGCUGACCAGACUUCUUCACUGAAAGUUACUCCUUUUGCAGUCUAAGCUUCGGCUGUCCUCUUUGUAAUGUCCCGGCCGGUGAUACGCCCGCUAAGUGUCGGAGCCACGGCCCCCGAGUCUCUCUCCCUGCUGCAGCAGCGCCUCCUGGUGGCCGAGGAGCAGACGGAGGAGCUGCUGAAGGACAUGGGGACGCUGGGGGUGUCCAGAGAGCAGCUGCGGACCCCCGGGUCACCAGGUAGGGGGGUCAGCAUGCAUCCGCUGAGCCCAGUGAGAGUGCAGCAGGCCUUGGGGGUCGGAGGGGAGGGAACUCUGUGGCGGCAGUGUGAGGUGCUGGUGGGCCGAGUCUGUCACCUGGAGAGUCUCUUACACACACUCAAACUGACCGUCUUCCGCUUAGAGACGGAGAGAGCACUCAACCCCUCGCAUACAGCUCGUUUGCAGGAGCAGUUAGCAGCUCUGCAGGAGCAGAGUGAGGAGGAGCAGCGCUCAUCGCGGAGGGAGGUCAUGCGUCUGAGGGAUCAGCUGGAACAGGCCUGUCAGGAGAGAGAGGAGGCGCGGCAGGAGAUGCACAAACUCAGACAACAGCUGGACAUCUCUCACAGCUCUAAAAUGGAUGUUGCCAUGGCAGCAGAUGAGCUGAAGAUUGUCAAAGUUCAGAUGAGCCAGAAGCUGCAAAAGAUGAAGGAAGAGAUGGCGGAGGAGACAGCGGCCCGUCUAGAGACUGAACAGUCCCACCGUGCAUUGCUGCAGAGAGUGGAAGAGAUGGAGAAAGUCGUGGAGAGAGAGAGAGAGCAGGUAAAGCUCCUCCAGGCAGACAGCCACGCCCUGCGCAUUGAUGGACAGGAGACAAGGGCGGAGCUACAGGAGAAGGAGGAGCUUAUAGAGAGCUUACAGAAAGAGUGUGAGCAGCUCAGGGACCACUCAGAUGGGAAGGAAACUCUCGUAUCAGAGCUGACCAGCGAGCUGAAGAGCGUAAGGACGGCUCUGCAGAAGCAGCAGCAGGAGAACAGCAGAGUCGUGAGGGAUGGAGAAGAACUGAGAGCAGCUGCAGAUAAAGUUCAGGUCUUGAAUGAUCAGUUGGAGGCUCAGUGUUCUGAUCUGAGUUCAGCUCUUCGUUCUCUCACUGAGGAGAACUCUCGCCUGCAGGCCAGUCUGAAGGUGGAGCAGGAGCGUCUGGCCGAGCGUCUGAAGGAGCAGGACCUGAUGUUAGACGCUGCCAAGAGAAACAUCCGGUCUGAGCUACAGGGGGUGCUAGCAGACAGGCUGCUGCUAAAGAAAGAACUUGAUGCUCUGAGGGCGGACCAUGCCAAACUGCAGCAGAGCUCAGCCGUUGCCCUGGAGACAGCGGCCUCACAUCAGGACCUGCUGGACCGAACCAUCGAGCGACUGCGCGGGGAGGUCAGCAGCGCCGUUAAAGAGAGAGAGGCCAUGCAGAAGGAGACGGAUGAGGCAAAGGCCGAGGUGUCUGCUGUUGUCUCUAAGCUGCAGAGGGAGCGGGGGUCUCUGGAAAUGCAGCUCUCUGAGCUCCAGGUGGAGCUGUGUGAGAUGAGCUCCGCCCUGCAGAAGAGAGAAGAGGAGAACAGGGGGCUGAUGGGAAGACUGGCAGCAGUGCAGCACCAGCAGUCUUCUCAGCAGCAGGUAGAGCAGAUGUUGAGGGAGUUGAUGGACAGCAAGAACAAGCUGACCUACGAGAAGGGCAAACUGCAGACUGAAGUGCGGCAGCUGGGGGCGGAGCUAAAGGCUAUGGGGGCGGAGCACACAAAACAACACCAAAGAGCCUCGUCCGGGGAGAACAACUACACACAGGUGGCCGCUGUGUAUGAAGCACUGGACUCAGCUCAGCUGGACAACAGGAGCCUGGAGACAGCCUUACUGUCCAAACUGUCCACACAGGAGACGCUGCAGCAACACCUCAGCGCACUCAGAGAGAGGGAGGCGGAGCUACAGGAGGCAAGGGAAGAGAUUGGCCACUUGGCUGAGCAGGUUGACACCCUGAGGCAGCAGCUGCACCGAGAAAAGCAUCACAGGAGGAAGUCGGCUCAGCGGGGCGUGGCUGAGCUGAAGAAAGCACUUGAAGAUGCGUCCAGCAGGUCAGGUGACCUGUCACGAGCCAAUCGGGAGCUGCGUGAGAAAGUGUCUGAGCUGGAGAACCUAGUAUCCAGUCAGAGGUCCAGAAUUAAAGCCCAGAAAGCCCAGCUAAAGCAGCACCUGGACAGCAGAGUGGCCCUGAGCAGCUCUCAGAGAAUGAGGGAGUUGGAAAGGGAGAUAAAAAGCCUUGAGAGCUCGAAGAAUGAAUAUGAGAGGAGGUGUUAUGAACAGUCUCAGGCAUUUCUGCAGGUGCGCAGUGAGAUGGCAGAUCUGCAGGCCGAGUUGCAGAUUCUGUCCUCCAGCCAGCAGGGGGAGCUCCAGGCAGAGAGGACGCUCAAUCGCACACUGCAGGAGAAAUGCAAAAUUCUGGAGGAGUGGGUAGUGAAGUUAAGUGCAGAGAGAGAUGAAACAGAGCUGAGGAUGAGGGAGGUCAGCCAGGAGUCUCAGCAGAUUUCAGAGAACCUGCAAGAGGCGCACAGCUGGUUCUGUUCCAAGUUUGACAGCCUGAACAGUGAAGUGGAGCAGAACAGGGUGGAACCUGAGGAGCAUCCUGAGUCCAGAGGGAAUGUGAAGGACAUCCCAGCUCCAGGGCAGGAUACUGGCGAGAUAUCCUCCAGUAACGGCUCGGUCCUGCUGUGCGUUGCGGAGCCAGAGCUGGAGCGCUGGGCGUCCACCCUGCAGCGCUGGGAGACGAAGAAGGAGCUGGCCCGCAUCGCAAGUGGACACAAACGUAUAGGACGCAGAACACACUCAACACACUCACUAAUGUAGCACACGCCCUCAUAUACAGCCACACAGGCAAAAGUUAUAGAUCCCCCAGGCCAAUAGCAUGUUUUGUUGACACACUUAAAUAUGACACUGGAUCAGAGUCUUUAAACACCUCAGCGUCGCUGGACUGAGAACCAAAAAUAUACAGCCAGCAUCCUGUGGGCGCGUCCUGUGA